AGAUUGUAUUGAUGUUGCUGCUUUGCUCGAUUUUUAAUUGCUUUACGGAGAACACAAGUCAGCGCUAUUUAGCGCGUUCACCGCAGCAAACACACCACAAUGGUAAAAAUUGCAGAAGCCAUCAAGCAGGCGAAUGAGAAUGGUCGCUACUUUGUGAGCUUUGAGUUCACUGUUCCCACCACGGAGGCUGGCGUAAUCACGCUGUACGACCGUAUCGAACGUUUGGCAGCACUUGACCCUCUUUUCUGCGGCAUCACGUGGGAUGAAGGUGGUCGCAGCGCAGAGACCUCGAUAGAGGUCGCCUCCACCUGUCAGUCACUAUUGUCUGUCAACCAUCAAGUGAACCUCACCGGAUAUGCAAGCGAGCCGGAGGAAAUGCUCAAGUGGCUCACGGUCCUCAAAUCAAAAGGAGUGUGCAACGUACUUAUCACUCGCGGUGCAAGUGCCAACAAGACGAUCUCCACGACGCGUGCCUCAAGUUGUACCACGAACAAAAGUAAGCCCGCAGCCCAUGGGACAGCGGACGAUGCCGAUGCCAUGGCUGUGGGCUCUGCACCGUCGUCACCUCCCGCAAGCCCUGCCUUCCCGCACGCCGUCGACCUCGUCCGCUUCGUGCGUCAGCACUUCGGCAACUUCUUCGGCAUCGCCGUUGUCGCGUUCCCCGAAGGCGAAGGUGAUUCGGCGGACAACGUUGCGAGGCAAGCGGAAAUAGAGGAGCGUGAGCUGCGUUUUCUUAAGGAGAAGAUGGACGCGGGGGCCGAUUACAUCAUCACCCACAGCGUCUUCGACGUGAACGUUUUCGAUCACUUUUGUCAGCAGUGUCGCCGUCACGGGAUUCGGUGUCCCAUCCUACCGGGCGUGCUGCCCAUCUCCCAACUUCGACAGCUAAACGCGUUUGGACUGCGUCGUUUGGCUGGGACGGCGGAUCUCGUCACAAAAAUGGAAGCCGUGAAAGGGAGCGAGAGUGAGACACGACGCGUCGUCGUGGCUUUUUAUCAAGACCUCGUGAAGCAGCUCUUGAACCGCGGGUGCGGCGGGGUGUAUCUUUUCACCAUGAAUGCCGACUACCUCCUGGUAGCCAUCCUGAAAGGAAUCGAGGUGGCAACGCAUCGCAUGUUCCCAUGGCGCCCCUCCGAGAACGAGGAGCGCAGACGUCAGGAGACGGUGCGGCCGGUGCACUGGUCGUCCCGGGUGACGAGUUACAUGGUGCGCACGGCGCAGUGGCAGGACCGAAAGACGGACAAGUGGAACCCCGUGUCUGGGUCCCAUCACGGAAGCGCCCUUGCCCUUGGCGAGGUGGGCGGGUACCACGCCCGGUUGCUGCUGCGCAGUCGUGCCAAGCGGUGCACGCAGUUUCUCGUCAUUCAGGGAAUGCCGGAAAUUCAAACGGCUCUUUCGGCGCUGAGUCGCAUUUUUGUAGCGUUCCUCGACGGCAACGGAACCUUGCCGUGGGCAGACGAGCUCUCCGGUGAGACAGUGUACGUCGGCGAGCACCUCCUCAAACCGCUCAACGCACGAGGUCUCUACACCAUCAACUCGCAGCCGCACGUGAAUGGGGCACCAAGCUCACACAAGGUCGUUGGCUGGGGCCCAGGCGACGGCUGUGUGUACCAGAAGAGCUACCUGGAGUUUUUCUGCCCGCUGACGAUGGCGCAGACAGUUUUUACAACGCUGGAGAGGUACCCGUCACUGCAGUACAUGGCUAUGGACGCGCAGGGCAACAUGGUGCAUGCACGGUGGCGCAUGGACGACGAUUCUGGCAAGGACAGCGAGGCAUCGCCGCCACAGGCAGCUGAGCACGACCCCACCGUGGCCUCGCCCACCCAACAGCCGCACGACAGGAUGUCUCUCUUCGGUGUCGGCGUGACGGCUGUGACGUGGGGUGUGUUCCCCGGCCGAGAGGUGAUUCAACCGACCAUCGUCUCCGUCGACUCAUUUCGGGCGUGGGUGGGCGAGGCGUUUGACUUGUGGGCAGCUCCCUUCCCUGGUCAUGACGUUCCCGCGGUGGUGCGCUACAUCCAGUCGGAGUGGGUGCUCGUGAGCGUAGUGGACAACACGUACCAAGAAACACCCACGCCGCUGGAGAACGCUGUUGUGGAGAUCUGCUCCAAAAUUCCACCCCUCAUCCCGGUUGACCUCUCGCAGCCGAGGCAGCGUGCCACUUCGCUGACCUUUCCGGCAAAAACGGGCGUUGAGAGCAGCACCCUCGGCACGUUUGCCACCUCGACGUGA